CUAAUUAAGGACCAUGGCUUGCACGAAGCAAAUAGCUCGCAAGUUCACCGGGGGAAAAGCACCGCGGAAGUAGUUGGCCAUGAAGGCGCCGGCCACCGGAGGAGACGGAUCUGCGGUUCCAGAGUUCGGCCGUGAUGGCGCUGCAGGAGACCUGCGAGGUGUAUCUGGUGGGCUGUUCGAGGACACGAAUUUGUGCGCGAUCAUGCCCAAGGACAUCCAACUAGCUCGUCGCAUUCGUGGCGAGCGCUUCUGAAAGAGUUGCUUCUUGUCCAAUUCCAAACUGUUGCCCUCUUCUCCCGUCCCUCGGGACGAGGCAGCGAACUGCAAUAAUUUGAAUUUAAAUUUCAGGAACAAAUUUUGGUCUUCGGGGGCGACGGAAUACACAGCUUUCUGAGGCUGCUCUCGCCCCCAACCCCUCUGCCCCCCCCCCCCUCACCCCUCCAUUUUGCUCUUAACAUUCUUGCUAAAAAUUGUUCUACUCUUUCGUUCCUCUCCUCUUUUGAAUGGGUGUUCUGUCCAAAUAGGGUUCGGCACGGGUCUUGGUCCUAAGGGUGUGCCAGUUCUGUUGGGUCGGGGAGUUAGGCUCAAAGAGCAAGAGUUCAACCCAGAUUUAAAACCAGCAAGUUUGCAAGAGUAACAAAUCUGGGAAGAUCUCUUGCUCUUAGGCUUAACUCCCUCAGCGUUCGCCAGUCUGUCGUGUACGGGGGUUCAGCUCCCUCAGCGUUUGAAAUUCGGUUGUGCGUCUUGAAGGGUCGUCCAAAAGCGCAAAUUCAAAAGUAAGUUGGUAGAGUAGUCGUCCAUAAACGUUUGGGUGGGUUGAAAGUGGUCUAAGGAUGUUGUCAACUUGGGAUUGCAAGUUGUCUAUAAAUGGUUUCCUCCCGGGUUGCAAGUUGUCUAAGGAUUUUGUCGCCUUGGGUUUAAAAGUUGUCUAUAAAUGGUUUCCUCCAGUGUUGUAAGUCGUCCAAGGAGUUUGUUUUCUUGGGAUGCCAGGGCGUAGAACAUUAUAACCAUUCAUAACUUAAUUUUCUUUUCAGAAAUUCAAUAAUCUUCAACUUUUCUUUCAGAAAUUUGGUCCUUUUUAGGACCACCCAAAACAAUUACGAAAGAGUUACUCUUGCCAUUCCAUGCAAAGCCAUAAUCCUAAAACCAUUCUUUUCAGAUAACCAAACAAUAUGGUCCUUUUCAGGACCACCAAAAUCAAUCACGAAAGAGUUAGUCUUCUUCAAUCUAAACCUAAUCGCUUCUUUUGACGAAGAACAUCUUCAUGGGGCUCUCUAUACAGGGUAACAACCCAAAAUUUCGCGAAGCGAAAUGAUACGCCGUGAUUCACCUUCCCCUCUCGGCAAAUUUCUCCUCUUUUUGGGGCACGCUGGUUGGUUGAACAAACGUUUCCCAAUCAGUCAAUCGAGAGACGUGAGAUUGAUGUAUCUAAAAUCACCCCUACUCCACCGCAUAAUUUUCGGAUCGUCGACGGGGCAAAAAGCGAAUAAGGAGGUAUAGGAGAAUGGGUGCAAAAAGGCGGGGCAUACGUCCCCGACUUAAAUCAACUAAAAGCGGCUCGGUCAGUCAACAUCGUACCGACGGAGCAACUUCUUCACUGGACUGGACGCAGCAAAGGAAGCGCCAAGCAGAAGGGAGAAAAGAAGCGACAAUGGAAGCCGGGCCAGUCGAAGCAAAUCAGAUGGAAAUUCAACACAGCUCUGUGCGCUGUUUAGAGGAAGCCUUUUUGAGGUCAAUUCCGUCGGUUACCGUUUGGUGGUUCUUGAGACGUUAUCGAUACUGGCCGUUUCUGACCCGCAGACGGCAAAUUAAGCGCAGUUGUGGUUGCAAAUAGAAGAAAGGCAGCAAAUUGAAAUAAACGGCCCUUUUCAGGGCCACCAAAUUCAUCACGAAAGAGUUAUCUUAUUCAUUUCAUAAAAUGCAAACGACAAUUGCACGCAUGUUUAAGUGAUUUACUAUUUUCUAUAUUUAUUUAUGGUACAGUGUGAGAGUUUUCUCACAAUUUAUGAUUCUUAGAAAAAACUGACCUUUCAAGGCCUACCUGAGACGCUCAUCAAUCAGAUCGAAAUUUGUUGUGAAGCAAAGAAAAUCUUUACAGAAAGUUUAGAAUGAAUGAUGACCAAUUUAUCAGAAAUACAUUGGCCGUAGGAACGGCAAAUCAAGAAAAGAGUCUUGCGCGCUUUUGAUUGAUUACCGCGAUGCAAAUUUUUUGUUGUGCCGCAAAGAAAAUUCAUCACAGAAAAUUGAGAAAAACUUCUUCGUAAUCAAUUCGAGCUUUUUCAGCAAAUAAAAAUUAUUAAACCUCACUGCCUUCUCGCCAGCCAAUUUGGAUUUGGAAACAUGCAGUCUGGGUUAAAAUUCGUGAUUUGAUAUAACAAUCCACUUUACGCCAAUGAUCAAAAUUGUAUAGAAUACUGUGUGUACGCAAGCAAAGUAGAUUGAGGUUAAAAUUUGUAAUUCGAGUGCGUGAAAUAGUUUAAGUAAGUUUUUCGCAAAAUAUCACUUGUAAAAUAGCUUGCUAGUUCCUUGAAAAGGGUCGUCAAUUUUGUAGACUCGGUUCAAAUUCAGGCCAACUCACAUCUGAGUUGGUUGGUUUGGUUGAGACUGAGACAAACUCUUUCGUGAUUGAUAUAUUGGCCCUGAAAAGGGCCGUUUAAUUUGGUCUGAUCUGGGCACCCUCUUCCGCCAAGGGUUUCAAUCCACUUAUGACGUCAUCCCGUCUUCCUGCGACUGUCCGGACCGAGAGCGGAAUUUGAAUUUCCUCCUGCUGCUAGCCUUCCACCAACCAAAGAACAGAUUUCCUAGGCUACUAGUUCUUUCCGCUGGUUGUCCUCUUCUUCUCCUUCUGCUGUGGCUUUUGCUGCUUCCUCCGCGAUGGCUGCUUCCUCCUCCGAUGUGGCCUUCUCGAGUGCUCGAUCCAAAAUGACUCGCGAGUGCGAGGUUUGGCUGCUUAUAUGUCGGCAGAAUAGGAGAACGGAACAAAAGGGGCGCGGUCUCAAACGCAUACGCGCCAAAAACGUUUAUGUGUUGGAGACCACUCCCCUUUUGCGCCGCUUGCCAUACCCAAAUCUAUUUAAGCACCAAAACCUCGCACACGCGAAUCAUUACGGCACGAGCACUCGAGAAGGCCACUUCAGGACGGCACGGAGGAAACCGCAGCAGCCGCUAGAGCAGAGGGGAGCAGAGACCAGCAGAGGAACGGCCAGCAGCAGGAGAGGAAUCCGUUCUCGGACCGGCAGAAAGCCAGCAACGGGAGGAAUUUCGUUUUCGGCCCCGCGUAGGAAGGCCAGCAGCAAUAGCCGAAAGAAGAAUCAUCAGCAGAAGGAGGAAAUCAAAAUCCGUUCUCUGGCCGGGGGAAGGCAUGCUGGCUGAUGCUGCAGUUGAGGAGCAAGAAUGAUAAAGACGGUGGAAGUCGCCAGUUCCCGACUCGUCGGUUUUAACAUUAAACGGCCCUUUUCAGGGCCACAAAAUUAUCACGAAAGAGUUAUUCUUGAAUCCAAAUUCAUUGCGUCAGCGAGAAACAUACUGCUAGAAGCCUUAAAAUUAAGUUUAAAUCUUGUUAAACCUAUUUUGCAAAUCCGAUCAUGAUUUUUGCUGCUUCACGCUGAUCGAUUGAAAUGAGCUUCCCAUCUUGGGAUGUAGCAUUCAAGUACCUAGCAGCACCAUUUUUGGCGCUUCAUAACCCUACUGAACUGCGGCUAGACAAGAUGUCCCAGCAUUUGCGGAAGGUGUACAAGGCGUCCUAUCGGAAGCGGAAGAGAGAGGAGAGAGAGGAGGAGAGGCAGUUGGCGGAUGAGCCUACCGCGGCGCCAGUGGACAACGCUGAACGCAAUAGGCGGUACAGGCGACGGAAGCGAGCUGCUGAAGGAGGUGGAGAGCACGGGGAUGAGUUCCCGGAAGGUUCUGGGGCUGGACCGUCGGUGUCCAAUCCAGGAAAGCGGAGGCGGCAGGAGCGAGUGGGAGAUGCAACGGAAGGGUCGACUGCGUCUGGCAGCACUUCUGCUGAACGUAUGAGACGGUUGCGGGAGAGGAGGAGGACUGGACAGACAACGUUCGGUCGGAGCGAGCAAGGAGGUGCUACCGCGGAUGUUACUUUCGUUGCUGGAGGUGUGCGACGGGGUGGUAGACGAGGAAUCGCGGACAUUUCGGUUCCAAAUUUGGCAUCGGAGAAUCCCGAACAGGGGAUUUAUCCGCCCAUGGAGGCAGACACAAUAAGCCUCCAUGAUCCGGUGGUGCAGAUUGAUGAAGAAGAAAUGCCAUCAAAUUCUGCACCAAGUCAGUCGGAUAGCAUUUCAGAUGGGGCAAGCCAGGGUAGGUCUUUAAAUUUAUGCGAAGUUUUCGAGGUUUGGGUCAACUCUAUCGUGUUUCACAGAGCCAGGUCCUCGCAAUGCAAGCAGACCGAACUACGACAGGGCCACUCUUGAGUUCCGUAAGCUUUUCGUUGAGAACUCGUUUGGUGCUGUGUGCAGCGUUUGCGACAGACUUUGGUUCAAGAACGACCUGAAGCCCAUCACUGAAGCUGGGGGAAAUGUACUGGUACAAGCCGGCGACUUUGA